CUCGGCAAGAUGAGUGCUGCGCUCCCGGGCCUCGUGGCCUGGCUGGCCCUUCUGCUCCUGGGGAGGACGGACCGCCUCGCCGACGCCUGCAGCUGCUCUCCGGUGCAUCCGCAACAGGCGUUUUGCAAUGCAGAUGUAGUGAUCAGAGCAAAAGCUGUUUCUGAGAGAGAGGUGGACUCCGGUAAUGACAUCUAUGGAAACCCCAUCAAACGUAUCCAGUAUGAGAUCAAGCAGAUAAAGAUGUUCAAAGGGCCUGACCAAGCCAUUGAAUUCAUCUACACGGCUCCUUCAUCAGCAGUGUGUGGGGUGACGCUGGACAUUGGUGGCAAAAAGGAAUAUCUCAUUGCGGGAAAAUCUGAGGGCAAAGGCAACAUGCACAUCACACUGUGUGAUUUCAUUAUCCCUUGGGAUUCCCUCAGUGCUACCCAGAAGAAGAGUCUAAACCAGCGAUACCAGAUGGGCUGUGAGUGUAAGAUCUCCCGCUGCCCCUCCAUCCCUUGCUUUGUCUCUGCUCAGGAUGAGUGUCUGUGGACUGACUGGGUGACUGAGAAGAACAUCAACGGGCGGCAGGCAAAGCACUAUGCCUGCAUCAAGCGAAGUGAUGGUUCGUGCGCAUGGUACCGUGGAGUGGCCCCGCCUAAGCAAGAGUUUCUUGACAUUGAGGACCCUUGAGUCCCCAGCGCCACGGCAGUCCAGUAGCCAAUAGCAACAAAGCCUGCAAGAAAUUAGACUGGUCCACCUCUGACAUCAUUUCCUGGAAACAGCAUGAAAAUAAGGUCUCCUGGGCAGGCACCAUGGUGGUAGAGGGGAAGGGGUGUCUAAGCCACUUGUAUGUUGGUUUGUUG